CCAUUUUGUGGGCCCCGCCUCAGCUGCUCGGCGCAGGCUCGGCUCCGCGCGGGGCCCGGCCGGCAGCAUGGAGGCCGCUCUGAGGCGGGAGCUGGGCACCACCGUGCUGCGGGCAACCGGGCACUCGGGCGGCGGCUGCAUCAGCCAGGGCCAGAGCUACGAGACGGACAGCGGGCGGGUGUACGUGAAGAGCAACGCCAAACCAGAGGCUAGAAGAAUGUUUGAGGGAGAAAUGGCAAGUUUAGAAGCCAUCUUGAAAACACAGACAAUAAAAGUGCCUAAACCCAUUAAAGUUAUAGACCUGCCUGGGGUCAGUACUCUGUUUGUGAUGGAACAUUUGGAAAUGAGAGGCUUAAACAGACAUUCAUCAAAGCUUGGAACACAGCUGGCUGAUCUCCACCUUCAUAACCAGCAACUUGGAGAGAAGCUGAAGAAAGAAGAGAGCACAGUUGGUAAAGGUCAAGGGCAAAUGGAAGUCCAGUUUGUGGAUCAAUUUGGCUUUCAUACAGUUACCUGCUGUGGCUAUCUUCCACAGGUGAACGACUGGCAGACUGACUGGGUGACUUUCUUUGCCAAGCAAAGAAUCCAGCCCCAGAUGGACAUGAUUGAAAAGAAUUCAGGAGACAGGGAAGCAAGAGAACUUUGGGCACAACUUCAGUUGAAGAUACCCAGUUUGUUCUGUGAUGUAGAAAUUGUUCCUGCUCUCCUGCAUGGAGAUCUCUGGGGAGGAAAUGUAGCAGAGGAUGAUUCUGGUCCAAUUAUCUUCGAUCCAGCUUCUUUCUAUGGCCAUUCAGAGUAUGAGCUUGCAAUAGCAGGGAUGUUUGGUGGCUUCACUAGCUCUUUUUACACUGCUUAUCACAGUAAAAUUCCCAAAGCCCCAGGGUUUGAGAAACGCCUAAAGCUUUAUCAGCUUUUUCACUACAUGAACCAUUGGAACCAUUUCGGUACAGGGUACAGAGGGUCUUCUCUAAACAUCAUGAGAAAUCUGGUCAAGUGACUUUCAGCUCAAGCCGGAUGCUUCCUGUGUUGCUUGGCAAACCACGUACUUGGUGUUGCAACUACAGGAAUGGUAAUGUUAAAAUAGCUGCUUGACCCUUGACCUUGUUUGCACAGCUAAAGACCCAGAAUCAGUGAGUCCUGCUGAAUACCAGGUAUAGCAUAUUCAUUCCUGUUUAGCAUAGUUGCACAGGGAACUAUCUAAGGAAGGAGCUUACUCUGUUGCAUAAAAUAUCCAUCAGUGUCAAGAAGGCAUUGUAUGCUUGAGACUAGACAAGUUAGUAGAAUCAAGCACUAAGAAUAAAUGAUUUGGAAGAAGUUCUGUUAGGGACCAGUCGUUCUUCAGAGUAGAAAAAUGCUGGAGUUUGCAUUUGCACCCUAGUGGAAAAUAUUAGAGAAGCCAUUGUGAAAUGGAAGAUUGCUUUUCUCAGUUACUGAGCAGAUGGCUAAAAGAGUUGUUCAUCAUUUUUUGCCAUUCUUCCUGUCUCUUCCAUGAUUGAUUGCUCAGAUUCUAUUAGCUCUUCAUUUCCAGUUAUGUGCAUGGGAACAAUGAAGUAUUUCGAAAGUCAACAAGACAACUGUAUAAUUGGAACUGUAACAAGUGAUUUGGACUUGCUAAUCAUUUUGUUAAUGUGAUUCUGUUGGAUGGAGCCUGCUUCCUAUUCUGUUGCAAAGCAGUGUGAAAUUGCUUAGAAAUUUUUCUGGUGUAUGCAUUUUGGUGCCUCAUGGCAUUCUUUUUGGCCAUUCUGUGCUUUUUACUCAGCUAGUUCCCACUCUAGAACAAUUUUGUUUUUACCUGAACAACCUCUGUUUUCUUUUCUGGAUCAUGCUUUUGUCCCAUAGCAUGCAUUCUUAAAGCAGAUCUUUUCAGGUAAGACACUCUUCUUUUAUACACCAUGUGAAGAUGUCCUCUCUCACUAAUAAAAAGAUGCACUUUGUGACUGCUGUCAUUGCCGACAGGACAAUGCCAUCUGAUCAUGGUAUGGUCUUCACAUAAAUUUUCUGUAAUUUAGAUUACAGAUGCCAUAAGCUAAUUUACUUUAUUUCAUUCCCCACUAAGUGCGCUUUUUAGCUCUUAGGAUAAGAGACAUGAAACCAAAAGGAGUCAAAAUGUAACUCACAGAACAGCAGCUCUCCACCAUUAUCAGAAAUUCUGUAACAAUAGCUUUGCAGACUAGCUAUUUGUUGUACUUGCAAGGUAAUACUAAAAUUGUGACUGCUGUUUUUAAUAUAGGCUGGUAAUGAUAUUGCAGUGCAAGCAUGCCAGCUAGGUGAGAGAAAUGCAUGAUGCCUGACAUGAAUUUUGAGUGUUUGGGAAUGACUUAAUUAAAAAUAUUUUUUACAGGAUAUACUGGCAGAUUAUUGAGGGUUUUCUAGUUGCUAUUGUUUGUAAGAAUAUGAAGCAAUUGUAGAGAAGACAAUCACUUGAUACAACUUUUCCUUAAUUCUGUCCCUCUUCUCACUGGCUGUUUAACUUUUGCAAUGAAAAGUUUUAAAGCUUUGCUCAGUAGAAUCACUUUUAUCUUGUGGCUUAAAUAAAAAGUUUCUCCAUUGAU